UUGGUGGAGAUUAUCGGGUCAGGAUGGCGAAUACUGGGGUAUUACCUUUUGUCAGGGGUGUUGACUUCAGCUGCAAUGAUUUUGGGGAGAAUAAAUUUCCGCCGUCUGUUCGGCUGAUGACGGGGAUACAGUGGCUGAGGCUCAACAGGACCAAUCUGUCUGAGAUUCCUGAGGAGAUGGGCAAACUCCUGAAGCUCGAGCACUUGUCUCUGGUGAAGAAUAACCUGGAGCGUCUGUACGGAGAGCUAACAGAGCUGAACUGCCUGCGCACCUUGAACAUCCGUCACAACAACGUGAAGACCUCGGGGAUUCCCGCGGAAUUAUUUCACCUGGAGGAGUUGACGACUCUAGACCUGUCUCACAACAACUUGAAGGAAAUUCCAGAGGGUCUAGAACGCGCCCGUUCCCUCCUCAACCUGAACCUCAGCCACAAUCACAUCGAAACGAUUCCCAACACCCUCUUCAUCCACCUGACAGACCUCCUCUUCCUCGACCUGAGUAACAACCAGCUGGAGACCCUUCCACCCCAGACAAGACGUCUAGCAAAUCUCCAGACCCUGAACCUCAAUCACAAUCCCCUGGGUCACUUCCAGCUGCGACAGCUUCCCUCCCUGAUGAACCUGACGACCCUCUCGAUGAGGAACACUCAGCGUACCCUCAACAAUAUCCCCAGCUCCCUAGAGAGCCUGACAAAUCUCCAGGAGCUCGAUCUAUCCGAGAAUGCCCUUCCCCGUGUUCCAGACGCCCUCUACUCCCUCUCGAAUUUAAAACGCCUCAACCUCUCUGACAACGACAUCACCGAGAUAUCGACAGCCCUCGAGCUGUGGCAGAAGCUGGAGACCCUGAAUCUUUGCAGAAAUCGUUUGACGUCUCUUCCCCCUUCCAUCUGCAAAAUUCAGACCCUCAGACGACUGUACGUCAACGACAAUCACCUAGACUUCGAGGGAAUUCCCUCAGGAAUUGGAAAACUCUCGUCCCUGGAGAUAUUCUCAGCUGCCAAAAAUCACCUGGAGAUGAUACCCGAGGGUCUCUGCAGGUGUGGCUCCCUGAAGAAGCUGAUUCUCUCCUCAAAUCGUUUGAUAACUGUUCCAGACGCCAUUCACCUGUUGACCGACCUGGAGCAGCUUGACCUCAGGGACAACCCGAAUUUGGUGAUGCCACCGAAGCCGACGGAGGUGCAGAGAGGAUCGGGAAUUGAAUUUUACAACAUCGAUUUCUCCCUGCAGCACCAGCUAAGACUCGCAGGUGCAAAUGUUCCAGCACCAGCGCAAACUGUCAACAGCUCCAAGGACCCCAUCGCCAGGAAAAUGAGAUUGAGACGACGGAGGGACCAGGAGGAGGCCGAUCAGGACCAGGCUAAGAUCCUCAGGGGAAUGAAGGACAUAGCUGGUGAUAAAAAUAAGGACAAGGAUGACAACGACGUGAAGACAGAAUCACUCAAGCCAAAACGCUGGGACGAGAGCCUGGAGAAGCCACCACUGGACUAUUCAGAGAUCUUUGACGAUGAUGCCGGUCAGGUACCUGGUAUAUCCGUCUGGGAGAUUGAGAAUUUUCUUCCCAAUCAAAUCGAGGAGGUGGCGCAUGGAAAAUUCUACGAGGGUGACUGCUACAUAAUCUUGAAGACGAGUCUUGAUGAGGCUGGGGCACUCCUCUGGGCGAUUUAUUUCUGGAUUGGUGAGAAAGCAACACUCGAUAAGAGAGCUUGUGCUGCCAUUCAUGCCGUCAAUCUCAGAAAUUUUCUGGGGGCGCAGUGCAGGACGAUCAGGGAGGAGCAGGGAGACGAGAGUGACGAGUUCCUCUUGUUAUUCGACUCUGAUAUCACGUACAUCGAGGGUGGAAGGACUUCCUCAGGGUUCUACACUGUCGAGGACACACCAGCUAUUGCCAGAUUGUACAGAGUCCAUGCAGCUGGUGCCUCCAUUCAUCUCGAGCCAGUAGUAUUCUCACCAGGUAGUCUAGACCCUGGGUAUGUGUUUGUCCUGGAUGUGGGCACGAGGAUUUUCAUGUGGUACGGUAAAAACGCAAAGAACACCCUCAAAUCCAAGUCCAGGCUGUUGGCGGAGAAGAUGAAUAAGAACGAGAGGAAGAACAAGGCUGAGAUCAUCAUGGAGAUGAUGGGAAUGGAGUCUGAAGAGUUUUGGGAGGCACUGGGUGGUGAACCUCCUGAGGAAUUCAUCGAGCACGUCGACAGAAAUUUUUUACCUGUUACUCCUCGACUUUAUCAGGUCAGGCUGGGGAUGGGGUACCUGGAGCUGCCCCAGGUGGAGGUACCACAUGGAAAAUUAUCGAAUAAUCUAUUGAAUAACAGAAAUGUUUACAUCCUCGACUGCUACCUCGACGUCUUCGUCUGGUUUGGGAAGAAAUCCACUAGAUUGGUGAGAGCUGCUGCUGUCAAACUCUCCCAGGAGCUCUUCAAUAUGAUUGACAGGCCUGAUUUUGCAAUGGUAACGCGUCUCCAGGAGGGCACGGAGUCUCAGAUAUUCAAGUCCAAGUUCACUGGGUGGGACGAGGUGAUUGCUGUUGAUUUCACCAGGACAGCUGAGUCUGUUGCCAAGACUGGAGCUGAUCUGACCAAAUGGGCGAAGCAGCAGGACACUAAAGCGGAUUUAGCUGCACUCUUCAUGCCACGACAGCCACAGAUGUCCAACACUGAGGCACAACAGCUGAUGAACGAGUGGAGUGAUGAUCUGGAGGUGAUGGAGGCAUUCGUCCUGGAGAAGAGGAAAUUCGUGAGACUCCCUGAGGAGGAGCUUGGUCACUUCUACAGCGAGGACUGUUACGUAUUUUUGUGCAGGUACUGGAUACCUCUGGAUCUUGAGAAUGACGAGGGUGAUGAGCAGCAGUACGAGGAUGACUUCCAGUGCAUCGUGUAUUUCUGGCAGGGUAGGGACGCCGGUAAUAUGGGAUGGCUGACGUUCACCUUCUCCAUGCAGAAAAAAUUCAAGACACUUUUUGGGGAGAAGCUCGAGGUGGUGAGGACACACCAGCAGCAGGAGAAUUUAAAAUUCAUGGCGCAUUUCAAAAGGAAAUUUAUUAUUCAUCAUGGGAAGAGGAAGGGCAAGGCACCGGGAUCUACUCCUGUCGAGUUCUUCCAUCUCAGGAGCAAUGGCAGUGCUCUGUGCACCAGGUUGAUACAAAUUCAACCUGACGCCAGUCUUCUUAACUCGGCAUUUUGUUAUAUCCUUAAUGUUCCUUUUAAUAAUGACGAGGAGACGGGAAUUGUUUAUGUUUGGCUCGGGGCAAAGUCUGAUCCUGAGGAGCAGAGGCUUGUCCAGGACAUCGCCGAGGAGAUGUUUAAUACGCCCUGGAUCAGUCUACAGGUGCUCAAUGAGGGAGAGGAACCUGACAAUUUCUUCUGGGUGGGACUUGGGGGGAAGAAGAAUUACGAGACUGAUGCUGACUUCAUGAAGUACACUAGGUUAUUCAGGUGUUCCAAUGAGAAGGGGUACUUUGUUAUCAGUGAGAAAUGCACGGAUUUCUGUCAGGAUGAUCUCGCUGACGACGAUAUUAUGAUUCUUGAUAAUGGGGAGCAGGUGUUCCUCUGGCUGGGCACCAGGUGCUCUGAAGUUGAGAUCAAACUCGCGUAUAAAUCCGCUCAGGUGUACAUUCAGCAUCUCAGGGUUAAGCAGCCCGACAAUCCCAGGAAGCUCUUCCUCACGGCCAAGGGAAAGGAGAGCCGAAGAUUCACCAAGUGUUUUCAUGGCUGGGGAAUGCAUAAAAAAUCACCCGAGUGAGGGAUUUGCGGCGGUGGAUAUGUCUUCCAGGGGAUGAUUUAAGGGGAGAUCAAUGGAUUUAUUAAUUGAUAACAAUUAUUGAAGUAACGAACAAAUGACGAAUGCACACUGUCGAGAGCAUAAUGUCAAAAUUAACGAGCUAUAAUUAUUUAUUUACAUAUCUCUGAUGAUUAUUUAUUUAGCAUUUUUUCAAUGAA